AUGGAGGCAUUACAGCCUAAAUGGCUUCAGCCAUCUCAGCCUUGGACGAAAACCGUAAUCAACAAAGUCAUCACACUCCUCCGACCACGCCUAACGAUUGGAUACGCACUAUGCUGCAUCAUAGGGCUCUACAUACUCUACUGUUACAUCGUCUGGUCACCACUGUUGGCAUCGAAGUUGCCCGGGUAUACUGGACCUUACGAAGUUGGGGCGAUCGACGUCGAAGUUCCAGUCCGAGAGCCGCGAAAGGUGGGAGAUGCGGUCUUCAAAAGCAACGGCAAACCGGUCUUUGAAUUCGACACAGUCCUCUUCACGCUCUAUUAUCCGGCCGUGAAAGGAGCAAGAAGUACAAAGCCUAAGCACAAAUGGUUCCCAAAGCCGAUCAAUAUUAUCGCGGAGGGUUACGCAAAGGCGGCUCAUUUCAACAAUUUCUUCUCAAGACAGGUGUUCACUUUCGCUCUUUGGGGACUAGCUGGAAGUAUCGAGAUACCGGCCAAAGUCGAUAUUGCUCUUUUGAAGGAGGAUGAGAAAGAUCAAUUUCCAGUUAUUGUCCUGUCUCAUGGCGACGUCAGUUCUCGGACAGACUACACAGCAUUCUGCGGUGAGCUGGCAAGUCGCGGUGUAGUGGUAGCUACCAUUGAGCACAGAGACGGAAGCUGCCCUGGGUCAGUCGUCCACUUGCCUGACGGAAAAACGAAGAGCGUGUUCCUCUUUCGGGCCGACGAACUGAAGCCCCAAGACGACGAGAAGGAAGUGUCCAACGACGACUGGAGAUCCCAGAAACUGGCAUACCGCGACGCUGAAAUUCAGGAAACUAUCUCCGUCUUGCAAUCCAUCAAUGAGGGCAAAGGUGACGACAUCUUCAACACAAACUAUCGCCAAGAAGGUCGUGACCUGCCUAACUUCGAAAAGCGUCUCAAUUUCUCCGAGACCGUCAUAGCGGGCCACUCAUUUGGUGCCACAGGGGCAAUGCAAGCUCUCAAGAGUGCCAACAAGACCUCUUCUGCUUCCUCUGGCGGCUAUGUCAACCCAGCAAUCGGCGGACUCAUCCUCGAUCCCGGGAAAUCCUCUGGCCGCCUCAACACAGACAUCGACGUACCUCUUUUGAUCGCGCACUCUGACUCCUGGUCUAAAGCCCACACAAUAUUCUACGGGCGUCCGCAUUUCGAUACGGUGAAAGACAUCGCCAAAGACGUUCUCGAACGUUGUAAGGCGACGUGGUUCAUGACGUCUCUCAAGACCUCGCAUCCAAGUAUUACCGAUGCUCCGCUCAUCGAGCCUCUCUUGCUGAGCUGGACAACUGGUGCAACGAUCGAUGUGAGAGAAGGAUUGAGGGAAUAUGUGAGAAUCAGCAUGGAGUUUCUUGAUUUCUUGAGGGAUGGGACUAGAAAGGGAGUUUUGAAUAUCGGAGUUACGCAUGAGGAGUACGGAAAAGAUACGAGGAAUGAGGAGCAGAAGAAGAAGAUGGAGAAGGAUAUCACGAAGUACUGGGAGGUACAUGUUGCUCCGCCGGGCGAUUUCGAGCAGGAGAAGGACAAGUGA